ACGGACAUUUGGCAGGUGAUUUCCGGUGAAGCAGCAGCAUUGGAUCCUGUUAGCAGCAGAAGCUAACGAGCUGCUGAAGCUAACGUGAUGUCUACAACCUCUAAGGUUGUCCUCGGUGUGUCUGUGUGUCUGUCCGUGAGCACCGUGGCUGCCGUUCACCUCAAACAGUCCUGGGACCAAGAGCGUCUCCACCAGGGCGUGGUCAGGGAUCUGGAGCGGUGGGAGAGGAAGAAGGAGAACCUGCGGCUGCUGGAGGAGCAGAAGAUUCUGACCAAACACCUGAAGGAAGCACGGGAACGCCAGGAGAAAGAGCUCCGCUCACAGGAGCACUGA